CUUUCUAUCAAUUUUUUUUCUAAACUCAUAAUCUCAUAUUCAUAAAUUAAUAACAAACCUUACUUGUCUCUCCCUCCUCUCUCUCUCUCUCUUUCCCUCUAUUUUGCAUAACCACACUCAAGCAAGCCUUUUGCAAAAUGGGAAACUGCUUGAAGAACCAAUCACCCACAAAGUACGAUGGUGGUAGCGACGAUGACAACGACGAUUGGGAUUUUCUGACAGGUGAGGAGGGGUCUUUUGUCACCACCAAGGCCGCCACCGCUGCCAAAACGGUGACGGAGGUGAAGAUCAAGAUCACGAAGAAGCAGCUAGAGGAGUUGUUGAGCAAAGUGGACGUGAGGGAGUUGAGGGUGGAGCAGGUUUUGUCCCAGUUGAUGAACCAUAGUAGUGGAGGGUUCCAAUCACUUCAAAGACCAUGGAGGCCUGCACUUCAGAGCAUCCCUGAGGUCAAUUGAACUAGCUAGCUAGCUUGCUUCUUCUAUAUAUAUAUAUAUAUAUAUAUAUAUGCACAUAUAUAUGCAGCUUAAUUAGGUUGUGUUAGUGGUUAUUGAGUGCAUGAUGGAGUUGAUGAUGAUGAAAAAGAGAAUUGGCCUACUUGGUCAAUCCUGAUUCUUGCUUUCAUGCAAGAGGGUUUGUGAUUCUAGGUUGGGAUUUUGAGGGUUAAUUGUAUGUUUAUUGUAUUUUGUAAACAAGGGUGCAUGCAGUUUUUGUUCUUUGUACAUACAAAACAAGGGAGUACCCUUUGUGCUACUUUGAGGCUUAUUGUUGGUUAAUUAAUUUUCUUCCUCUCUUCCCUUUU